AUUUACAAUCCAAACAUGAGUUGUUUGAUUACUUUGAAUAUUCUUGAAUCACAUUAAGUAUUACAAAAUAAUUAUGAACAAUUAAUUAUAAAUAAUGUAAGCAAUAAUGGGAAGUUAUUACGAUUAUUCAACAACUUGGGAGUUUUAUUUGGGUUUAAGUUUAGCACUUAGUUCUAAUUUAUUUAUCGGUACCAGUUUUAUUAUCAAAAAGAAAGCUUUAAUUUACUUGCAAAAGUAUGGUGUACGUGCAGGAGCUGGUGGUCAUGGCUAUUUACGACAGUGGACCUGGUGGGCUGGUCUAUUAACAAUGGGUAUAGGAGAAGCAGCCAAUUUUGUAGCAUAUGCAUUUGCAUCAGCUUCAGUGAUUACACCUUUAGGAGCUCUAAGUAUAGUCGUGACAGCAAUAAUGUCAUCUAAGUUUCUUCACGAAAGAAUGAAUAUUCUUGGAAAGAUAGGAUGCUUCUUAUGCAUGCUUGGCACAACUGUGAUAGUUCUGAAUGCUCCAAAAGAGGAACAAGUAGAAAAUUUUCCGGAGCUUAUUCAGAUGAUGAAAAAUCCUAUUUUUAUCGCAUAUGUAUUCAUAAUACUCAUUGUGAAUCUCUACGUAAUGUUUUAUUGCGGACCACUCUAUGGUCAAGACAAUAUAAUUAUCUAUAUUUUUAUAUGCUCAAGUUUUGGUUCGCUGACAGUGAUGAGUUGCAAAUGCCUUGGACGAGCUAUUCGAGAUUCUUUGUAUGGAGAAAUUAAUGAGAUGGAAAAUUGGCGAACCUGGUUAUUAUUGUUUUCAAUAAUACUAUGUAUAAUGAUUCAGAUGAAUUAUUUAAAUAAGGCAUUAGAUUUAUUUAAUACUGCAGUCGUAACUCCUAUUUAUUAUGUAUUUUUUACGACUUUUGUCAUGACUGCAUCAAGUAUUCUUUUUGAAGACUGGAAACACAUGAGCUCAGAAAAUAUUAUCGGAGGACUAUGUGGAUUUUUCAUAGUUAUAACUGCGAUAUUUUUAUUAAAUGCUUUUAAAGAUUUAAAUAUUUCUUAUAGUGAUAUUAGAUAUUUAUCUGUAGCAAAAAAUUCCGGCCAAAGAAACCAGAACCAAGAAAAUAAUAGUGAUGGAAAUGUUUUAGAAUUGUUAUUACAUUCAUGCAAUUAUAAUGAAUGCACUCGUGCCUGUUGUAAAAAAUAUAACUCGAGAAAGGAAAGUGUAACUUAAUUUAAUUGAUGAAUUUACUCAGCUCAUUUUAAUGAGCCUAACUUUUAAUUCAAAGAUAGUUUUCGAUUACUAUAUUACAUAAAAAAUAUAUAUGUAACAAUUUAAUGUUAUUUCUUUCUAUCGAUUAUAAA